AUGUCAAACUCCUUUGUAAGCUUUAAACAAUCUGAAAUUGAUCCUAAAAAGAUAAAAGUAGGGAAUAGAUUACCUAUUUGUAUUAGUACUGAAGAAAAUCAAUCGGAUUUCAGGCGUAAUUCACUUAAACAAUCCUCUAUAAAUAACCAAGAUCAUCUAAGUAAUAAUUCUCUAUCAAUACUAGCACGGAAAAAAGCAAUAGAUAGAUACUCAAGUUCUAGAUCACCUCAUAGAUUAUCAGGAUCAGCUUUAAACCAACUUUACACCCAAUGUAUUGCUCUUUUAAGACAAAAUAAGAUAAAUACUAAGAAUGCUUUUGAUAUAAGGCUUAUUGAACAUUUAGGAGAUAUUGUUAGCUCAGAGAUAUCUGGAGAUUUAGAACAUAGAGAUUUUCUAAUUGAUAAAGAUUGUAAAGAUUCAGAAUCAGAUAAAGAUCAUCUUUAUCUAGAGAAUUUGAAUAAUACAUAUUUAGAAGAUACUAAUAAUAUAGAGUUUGAUGCAUUUCAAAGAGCUGCUGUUACAUUGGAAGCAUCAGCAAGAAUUUAUGGAUAUAGGGUUGACUCUACAUAUGACAAUGCAUGUAGAAUAUUAUCAGAAAUAAAAAAAGGCAAUAUCUCAUAUGAAAGUGAACAAGAUAAGAAAGAUGAACAAGAUCUAGAUAUAGAUAAGACAUGUGAGAAAUAUGAUACACUCAAAGAUUAUAACAGCAAAAAUAAAUAUUUAGGAAGGGCAAACAAACUGUCAGACCAUAAGACUAUUGUCAAUAACAAAGAUUUAAUUACUUUGAAUGGUUAUGAAAGGAACAAAGUAGUUAUUGAAAAGGGAUACUUUGUCAAGAAGAUGGAAUUAGGUGCACCAUGUUCAUCCCUCGCUCCUUUAGGUGGUUCAAGCGACUUGGGUGUAAUUUCAUCUUUGCUUAUGUCAAAUAUUGAAUUGGAAAACAAUCAUAACUACAUUGAUGAUUCUAUUUCUCUAUCAUACAAUAUAAGUGGUUUGGACAGUACUACAAGUGACAAACGAGAUAACAUACAAAAACAGGAAAUUAUUGCUGUUGAUAUGGUAACUUUAACAGGUUUAUUAUCUGUUGGUGAUUGUUUUAAUUUUGUUCAAUCAUCAAGUUCAAAUUGCUAUAGAUUUUCAAUCUGUUCAGAGGUAAAAAGUUUAGUCCAUUUAAUUCAGCAAAUAAAGGCAGGAUUAAAUGAUAUAUGCAAUGAUCCAUUUCCUGCACACAAUGCAUUAAUCCAAAAUAAUGAUACAGCUGAUAUACUAUCUGAUUUAUCUGAAAUAGAGCACUCUGACAAUAACUUAAAUAAUAGUUCUUAUUCAAAUUUUCCAAUAUCUAAUGGCAAUAGUACUGCCAUUUCAGAUAAUAUAGAAAAGAUCUCAAAGAUUAUAACAAGAGAUGACUCAUCCCAUAGUUCAAUAUAUGAGAUUCUUCAAACAGACUAUAACUCUGAUGAUAAUUAUGCAGAGCAAGUUCCAAAUAUAUGUGAGGUUCCCUGUAGCCAUCAGGAGAACAAUAUUAUUUUAUUAAAUUUGAAGAGUGAAGAUGUACUGAAUUACUUUACACAAAAUUUGAUGCAAAUUAAAAUGAAUCACCUCACAGCUCCAUUAUACUUGAAUAAUGAUAAUAAUAUUAAGGCGAUAGAUAUAAUGUUGAAAAAGGGAACUAAAAAAUCACCAUUUCAUCGUCCAAGACAGAAAAUAUUCAAGUAUAUGAAUAUAAUUGACUUUGAUGGUAUAUCAUGGAUCAAGUCAUUAAUAAAACCCUCAAAUAGCAUAAAAAUGAACAAUACAGCAGCAAAUGAAAAGUUUAGUAAAAUAUUCAUUGACAGAAAUCACACAACUUCAACUUUUAUAUACAACGUUCAACAUCUGACUUGUCUAUCAAACUUAGUUGGUAGAUAUAUCCAACCAAUACCACCACUUACAUUGCAAGUGCAAAAUUACUUAACAAAUGACAAUUCAACAAGUAAUAUAAUUCGCCCAAGUAUCAUGAUAAGUGAACAGAAAAGUUACACAGACUUUCCUAUUCAACAUCAUAUAGAUAAUGUAGACUUUAUCGAUAUACAUGAUGACUUUAUUAAUAUAAAACAAGAUAAUGGAGAAGAUAUAAUUUCCAUAGAUGAAACAAUAAAUAAUUCAAGUAUUUCGUCGAGAAAAGUAAUAUUAUCAUAUCCAGCACUCAUAAAAACUUUGAACUAUAACACAAAUAAUAAUUUAUCCCAGGCUAUAACUUUAGUGGAACCUUCUACAUUUAACAAAAAUACACAUAAUAAAAUUAUUAAUCAAGUAAUAACAGGUAUAAAAUCUUCUAAUUAUGUUAAUAUUGUCAAAGUUAAAUCUGCUUUGAAUAAUUCAAUACAAGAAAAAGGAGAAGAUUUAAUAGAUUUCCAGGAUAUUCUGAAUACUAUGGACAAGUCAUCAUUGUCUAUUGAAGAUUCUAGUAAUUUAUCAGUAGCUAUAUGUUUUAUUAGCAUGCUUCAUCUUUGUAAUGAAAAUAAUUACUGCUUUCAAAUUCUUGAUGAAUCAACAACCAAUCCAUGUAACAGGAAGGUCUUUGUAUCACAGUUUGGAUCAGUGGAGACUCAUUUAUAA